AUGGCGACCCCGUCUUACGCGGCGGUGAAGUGCCUCAACACGUCCUCGUCCAGCCGCAAGCGCUUCUCGUUCAAGAGCUUCUCUCAGCGGGUGGAGGAGAUCGACAUCGAUGUGUACCGCAGCCUCCGCACGCUGAAGGCGGAACCGUCCAGCGGAUCGUCCUUCUUUUUCGACGCAAUUGUGGAGUGGAGGGAGCUCAAUACUGCAGAGGAUUUCAUCUCAUUUUAUGAGGAGAUGAUACCAUUGGUACAGACACUGCCUCAAAUUGUCUUGCACCGUGAAAAGCUCUUUUCCGCACUUGUACAAAGGGUAAACAUGAGUGCAAGAUUGUCCCUGGAGCCAAUACUCAUGUUGAUUGCAGCUCUCUCCAGGGAUAUUCUAGAAGAUUUUUUGCCCUUUUUAGGAAGACAUGCUAGUGCCCUUUUAGCUCUCCUUAAUGAUGGAGGUGAUCGUGACCCCGAAAUCCUGGAGCAGGUCUUCACAUCCUGGUCGUAUAUAAUGAUGUACUUGCAAAAGUAUCUAGUGAAAGAUACUGUCCAAAUUCUUAGGACCACAGCAGCGUUGAGAUAUUCCCCAAAGGACUAUGUUAGAGAAUUUAUGGCAGAAUCUGUAUCAUUUUUGUUGAGGAAUGCACCUAAUAAUCAGCUAACGCAAGGUCUACUGAAAGUUCUACGUGAGGCUGCUAAACAACCAUCACCUACACGGAUAGACGGGGUGGUCUCUUUGCUGUGGCAUGUCAUGAAAGGAACUUCCACAAAGCUACACUCAAAAGCUGGGCAGGUCUUGAAGUUCUUGUUGAGCAAGUCAGUUGUUUCCACUCUCCCUGAUAAAUUCCCUGAUGGGUCUUCUACUAUUCAUGAGGUCAUGACAGGGCUGAUUCAAAGAUUAUGCGAUGAAGUGGAUCCAAAAGAAUUACCAUUGAUGUAUACUUGUUUAUUUGAAGAAAUCAACUGCUGUCUUAAGGAUGGCUGUUUGGAGCAUUUGAAGUGCUUGAUUGAUUUUCUUGCAUUUGCUUUACAGAAGAAGCAAAGCAAUGUAUUCGAUAAGGUGAAGUUGAUUAAACUUGUUGAGUUGCUGGUUAGUAGAUAUGUGUUGCCUGGAAGCAACAUAACAGAAGCUUCUUCAUCUGAGGUUCUUGGAAGUAUUCUUGACUUUCUGCUUUCUGUUCUGGAUGUUCCAACCAUUUCUGGCAAUUUGUCCAUCGUAUCACCUUUCUAUGCUCCAGUGUUCAAAUUAACAAAUCCGAGUGUGAUUGUCUUUAUAAAGAAACUUUUGGCGACAGGUCCUCAAGUUACACAACAUUUUGAAAGUCAGAUAUUGAGUGCAAUGGAUAAUUUCAUUGCAAGUUCACUCGAGGAUGUUAUCUUUAUCCUUCACAAUUUCUUUAAAGGAUCAAAGAAGCAAAUAUUUCUUCGUAGCACUGAUGGAAAUCAUCUGGAUUCAGUGGAGAAAACUUACAAGUUCUUUGAAUCAAAAUUUUCUUUCUGGAUAGAGUUAUUAGAUGAUACAGUCGGCACUGGUAAUCGAUCUAGUAAUAAUCAGGUCAGUGAAAAGGAAGCUGCUAUACUGUGGGGAUCUAUUUGCUGCUAUCCUAACAUGAAAGGUGUACAUCAAGAUAGUUUGUCACUGCUGAGGAAGUUAAUCUUCAACUUUGAUCGGUUGCUUGAAGUGGGAGAAGAGAACAUGAAUGGUCUUCCAAUGACUACCUGGAGAAGUCUACUUGGUGCAGCAUUGUCAUCGUACCACGAAUUAUUGCUGGUCAACACCAGCAGAAAUUCAGAAUUUAGUUUUUUCAUAUCGCUUGCCAAGAGUCACAGUACAUGCCCACAAGUACUGUCUGCUGUAGCUGAAUAUUUGGAUUCCCUGCAAGGACUACCAUCCCUGGAAGUGACAAAAGAAUUUGAUCCACAAAAUCUCUUGGAUCUGUUCUCCAUCUUUGCUGUCAAUUUGAGCAGUCCAAGCAAGGAUGUUCGAAUUUUAACCUUGAGGAUUCUAUCAUAUUUUGUGAAGAUGGAUCAACGUCUAAUCACAGAUGAGGAGCGACCACACAAGAGGCAGAGAACAGAAGUUUCUGGAGAGGAAGCUGUUGCUAAAUAUGCUAAUGUUGUGGAUGCUCUUUUGAUUAUUGAGUUGACACCAAUUUCAGUAUCUACUAGCCGUAAAAUUGCUAUCUUCAUUUCUCGGAUACAAAUGAGUUUAUCUUCCAAGAUGGUUCAUGAUGAUUACUUACCUCCUCUCUUACAUGGUAUUAUUGGCAUAUUGUACAAUAGAUUUAGUGAUCUGUGGCCACCAACACUGGAUUGCCUUGCUGUCCUCAUUAGACAACACAAGGAGCUUGUUUGGGGUCAGUUUGUUCAGUUUAUUGCAAUUCACCAAUCAAAAGGACUGACUGUGAAAAAUAAGGAGAAGCUGGAAGCUGCAACCCAACCACAGUCUAUUUUUGACUGCUUCAACUUGUAUCUUGCUAUGGACUUUGAUUGCACACCAGCUGAGACCAUGGCUACCUUAUUGCUUCAAUCGCUCCAAAGGAUUCCUGAUGUUGCUGAAUCCCGAUCUCGACAUCUUAUACCGCUAUUUCUCAACUUUAUGGGUUAUGAUGAUGGCAGCAUCUUUAGCGCUGAUUCAUAUAUGCCUGAAAAAUGUAAAGGCAAACAAUGGAAAACGAUUCUAAAAGAAUGGUUAAACUUAUUGAGGUUAAUGCACAAUGCAAGAUCAUUAUAUCAGAGCAAAUUUCUCCAGGAAGUGCUAACUAAAAGGGUUCUUGAUGAAAGUGAUCCUGACAUACAAGCAAAAGCAUUGGAUUGCCUUUUGAACUGGAAGGAUGAAUUCUUGACCCCGUACAGUCAAAAUCUUAAAAAUCUGAUUGACGUAAAGACUCUUCGUGAAGAGCUGACCACAUGGGCAGUUUCACAUGACUCCUCGUCAAUUCUGAAAGACCAUAGAAGUCGUGUGGUUCCUCUGGUUAUCCGUGUGUUGGCACCGAAAGUAAGGAAGCUGAAGCUACUUGGUUCUCGAAAGCACACAGGUGUCAGUCAUCGAAAGGCAAUUCUUCGUUUCCUUUUGCAGUUUGAUUCAAAUGAACUUGAGCUCUUUUUCUCAUUACUUCUGAGGUCCUUGAUCCCUGGCAGCCUCCAGCUUAAAAUGUUUGGUUCUCAGUCUGACAACCUACUUGGAAAUUUCACUGACAUUGUUGGAACUUCAACAGAAAUUUGUGUAGAGAACUUUACAUGGAAAAAGGCAAAUGGUUUCAUUCAUCUGGUUGAAGAAAUUUUUGGUACUUUUGAUAUGGCACAUAUAAGCCCAUUUCUUAAUGUUUUAUUAAUCAUUGUCGCUCGCUUGCUGGAGAGUUGCAUGCGGAAUCUUAGAAGUGAGAGUGAUGGGAAAUAUCCUUGCAACCAAUCAAAUGACCAUGAUAAUGAUUGUUCCAUAAAUUCUGAAGUGGGCAAUUCUGUAAACGUGGAUGAAUGCCGUAAAGAAAUGCAUCUAGGAGACCAUAUGGAGACAAGUGUAUCCAUCAAGCAGUUGAAGGAUUUGAGGUCUUCAUGUAUUAGAAUUGUCUCGUCAGCCCUUAGUCACUAUGAAAGCCAUGAGUUUGGAGAAAACUUCUGGGGUAUUUUUUUCUCUUCUGUGAAACCUCUGAUAGACUGCUUUACACAAGAGGCUUCCAGUAGUGAGAAACCAAGUUCAUUAUUUGCUUGUUUUAUGGCUAUGAGUCGGAGCCCAAAAUUAGCACCACUGUUGGGGUCGAAUAAUCUUGUACCAGCUAUUUUUUCUAUUUUAACUGUGAAGACAGCGUCAGGAUCCAUCACCACCUAUGCCCUUGAGUUCAUUGAGAAUCUGUUGAGGUUGGAUAUUGAUUUGCAGCAGCAAGAUGACCAUUCAGUGAAGAAAGUUCUUCCACAUAUGGAUGUUCUUAUCCAUAGUCUCCAUGAUUUUGUUAAUCAUCGCAAAGAGCUUAACAGGAGAUCUGGUACAUGGCUUGGGCAACGCGAACUUAGGCUGUUCAAAUUAUUGCUAAAUUACAUCACAGAUCGCUCAGCUGCUGAUAAUUUCAUAGACCUUAUUCUUCCAUUUUUCAGUAAGAAAGACUUGAACUCCGAUGAUUGUUUGGAAGCACUAUGUGUUGUGAGGGGAAUAAUUCAAAAUCUGAGAUGCAAGGUAUCUGUAAAAGUUCUAAAUGCACUGAACCCAUUACUUGCGACUGUCGGAUUGGAACUGCGGCUAUGUAUCUGUGAUAUUUAUGAUGGGUUGUCAUUACAUGAUCCUUCAAUGUUGUUUCUGGCUGGGUUAAUACGAGAUCUGAAUGCAGUUUCAGCUUCAGAACUUGGUGAACUAGAUUAUGACACAAGACUUAACACCUAUGACAAGGUUAGGCCACAGUUGUUUCUUGGCUUGACAGAAGAGCAUGUGGGCGCCAUAUUAUCUCAUUGUGUGUAUGAUAUGUCAUCUGAAGAGUUGAUUUUGCGGCAAAGUGCAUCGAGGGCUCUGCAGUCAUUCCUGGAUUUUUCUGCCUCAGUUAUGAAUAAUGAUGUGUCCAAAUACUCUAUUGAUGAUAAAUCUAGAGAGAUUAAUACCAGAAGCAUUUGCACGAUGGGCUGUAUUCAGAAGAUAUUUGAAAAAACUUAUCUGCACAAUAUGGGAGUAGCAAUGACUAAAGAUAUAUCAAUUCAAAAGGAAUGGAUUAUUUUACUUAGGGAGAUGGUCUCCAAUUUUAAUCAUUUAGCAUCCUUAAGCUCAUUUAGGCCUCUCUGUAAGGAGGAUAUGGAAGAGGAUUUUUUCCACAACAUAACUCAUUUGCAGGCUGGUAAAAGAUCAAAAGCAUUGUCGCUUUUCAGACAGGGAAUCAAGGAAAACAACUUUUCGGAGGAUAUCACUAUGAAAGUCUUUGUUCCACUAUUUUUCAAUAUGUUUUCUGACAUAAAAGCUGGGAAGGGUGAACAAGUCAGAGAUAUAUGUUUGGAUACACUAUCUGCUGUUGCUGCCAAAGUGCAGUGGGAACACUAUAGAACAAUAUUGAAGAGAUGCUUCCGAGAAUUAAACCUUAGACCUGAUAAGCAGAAGAUCAUAUUGAGGCUGAUUUGCUCCGUGUUAGAUGCAUUCCAUUUCAUGAAGCCUGCAAAUGAUGCCUCAGGAAAUUCUGAUGCUAUGAGUGAAGAUGCUGAUUCUUCCCUUACAUUCUCUUUGACUAUGGUCUCUUCUGAUAAGCAACAGUACCUGCAAAAGGUUGUGUUUCCACAGGUCCAAAAGUUGUUAGGAUCAGAUCCAGAGAAAGUCAACGUCAACAUAAACCUAGUAGCACUGAAAAUACUUAAGUUGUUACCGGUGGAUUAUUUUGAGUCACAACUUUCGAGCAUCAUUCAUCGAAUCUGUAACUUCCUCAAGAAUCGUCUUGAAAGCAUACGUGAUGAAGCUAGGUCUGCUUUAGCUGCUUCUGUGAAGGAACUUGGGAUUGGGUAUUUGCAGUUUGUGGUCAAGAUAUUAAGAGCUAUACUUAAAAGAGGUUUUGAGUUACAUGUUCUGGGCUACACACUUCAUUAUUUAUUGUCAAAAAACAUUACUGCUGAUAUGUAUGGUAGGCUUGACUACUGUUUAGAAGAUCUGUUGGCAGUGGUUGACAGUGAUUUACUUGGAGAUGUUGCAGAACAAAAGGAAGUUGAAAAACUUGCCUCCAAAAUGAAAGAGACAAAGAAGAGAAUGUCAUUUGAGACUCUUAAGCUGAUUGCUCAAAGUAUUACAUUCAGGACAGAUUUACUGAAGAAGAUAAUCUCACCUGUUUCUUUACAUCUUCAGAAGCAACUUACUCCAAAGUUGAAAACCAGACUUGAGAUGAUGCUACACAAUAUAGCCUUAGGGAUUGAGUGCAACCCAUCUACUGAAACAUCAAACUUGUUAAUCUUCGUGUAUUGUCUUAUUGAGGAUACUAUUACAGGAAGUAGAUCUGAAUGCAAAGUGAAUACACAAUCUAGUCCUGAUCAAGACAGUACUGUAGGAAAGACCUUCCUGGGACUAGGUGAGAGUGGAUCGCAGAAUUCUUAUAUACUUACCAAGUUUGCACUUGACUUACUUCGUAAUCGUCUGAAGAGCAUCAAGCUAGACAAUGAAGAUGAACAACUCAUUAAGAUGUUGGAUCCUUUUGUUGACCUUUUGCGAAAGUGUAUGAGUUCCAAACAUGAAAGUGUUCUCUCAGUCACUUUUAGAUGUUUUGCCUUAUUGGUGAAACUUCCUUUGCCAUCUCUCAAGGACAAUGCAAUUAUUAUAAAAAAUGUACUUAUGGACAUUGUACAGAGAGCUGGAAACUCCAAUGGUCAUUUGGUCACAUCUUGUUUUAAGCUACUUGCUGAUCUACUUAGAGGAUUCAGGAUUUCACUUUCAGAGAAUCAGCUUCAGAUGCUUGUUCAUACCCCUAUGUUUGUGGAUCUUCAGACAAAUCCUUCCCCUGUUGCCUUAUCGCUUCUCAAAACAAUAGUCAGGCUAAAAUUGGUUUCCCACGAAAUUUAUGAUAUGGUUGUUAAGAUAGGAGAGUUGAUGGUAACAACGCUAACUGAAUCUAUACAGCAGCAAUGCAUUCAAAUUAUGCUACAGUUUUUUCUGAACUAUCCACUUUCUGAGAAGCGCUUACAGCAACAUAUUGACUUUUUUCUGGCAAACUUAAGUUAUGAACAUCCUUCAGGAAGAGAAGCAGUGCUUGAAAUGCUCCAUGACAUUCUUACCAGAUUUCCCCAGAGGAUUAUUGAUGACCAGGGUCAAACUUUUUUUCUUCAUCUUGUAGUUGCUCUAGCAAAUGAACAGCAUCAGAAUGUGUCUUCAAUGAUCCUUAGAGCUAUCCAAAAGCUGUUAGGACGCAUUGGUGAUCAGGGAAAGAGUUCCAUUUUUGAGUAUUCCCUUUCGUGGUACACUGGUGAAAAGAAAAGUCUAUGGAGUGCUUCAGCCCAGGUUAUUGGUUUACUUGUUGGUGAUCACACAUUACAAACGGGCAAGCACCUUAAAAGUAUUCUGGCUGUUGUUAAGAAAAUAGUGGAAUCAUCUGUCAUUGCUUCUGGAGCUAUACAAUUAGGCUUAUCUGAUGAAGCUGUCCUGCCAUUGUGGAAAGAGGCUUACCACUCUGUUGCCAUGAUAGAGAGGUUACUUCUUCGCUUUCCGGAGUUGUAUUUUGAGCAGAACAUGGAGGAUAUAUGGAUAAUAGUGUGCAAGUUGUUGAUCCAUCCUCAUUCGAUGUUGCGUAGUAUUUCAAGCUCUCUGGUAGCAUCAUAUUUUGCUACAGCGGAGAAGAGGAAACGUGAACAGAAAUUGGAUGCCCCAUCAUGGCUGCUUGUUCAACCAAGCAGGCUAUUCAUAAUAGCUGUUUCCUUGUUGAAACAAUUGAGGACUGAACUGAGUGAUACUACGGCAAACAAUCUGAUUGUACAGAAUCUUGCAUACUCGGUCUGCAACUUGCAUAUGUUGAUUAGGCAAUCGACCUCAACACCUCAGUUUUGGUCUAGCAUUAGUUCUGAUCGUGGUGCUUUUCUUGAGGGUUUUGAAUUGCUUGGUUCAACAAAAUUGAAAAAUAUGUUUCUCCUUUGUACUUCGACAUCUAGUGAUGCAUCUGGAUCUGGUCUUGGCAUUAACGAAGGGCCUACAUCUUUGUUAGUUUCGUCCAUCCUAAAGAAGAUGGGAAGAAUUGCAAUGCAGAUGCAGGAUACACAGAUAAAGAUCGUGUUCAAUUGCUUCAGUAUGAUUUCAUCAGCUCUUGGCUCUGAUGAAUCACUAACCUAUGCUGAUCACCUCUUGGCCCCAUUGUAUAAAGUUUCUGAAGGAUUUGCUGGGAAAGUUGUUAGUGAUGAAGUGAAGCAACUGGCCCAGGGGGUCCAGAACAAGUUACGUGACCUGAUUGGCUCUGAGAAAUUUGUUGAAGUCUACAAGAGCGUUCGGAUGGGCCUGAAACAGAAGCGGGACGGUAGAAAGCAGGCACAGAAGAUUGUUGCAGCCGUGGACCCAGAACGGCAUGCCAAGCGAAAGCAGCGUAUUGCAGCCAAGCACCGGGAACACAAGAGGCGGAAGAUAAUGGCGAUGAAGAUUGGCAGGUGGAUGAGGUAG